AUGCCUUCGCAACCGGUUCCCUAUAUUCCUGUCGGAUGCAUUGGGAUUUCACAAACGGAGACCAAGGUCGGCAUUGACGAUUGGCUGUCUAUAGAACUUCGGACCUGGAGAGAGUUUUUUCUUUCUCAUGAUGCCCUAAACGGUGGCGACAAUGCUUCUGCAUCUGUUACGCCGGUCCUCCGUCCCGACAUCCAGGCAUCGCUCCUCGGCUCUUCAAAGCUUCUGCCGAUUAGCAAGCUGCUCCACGCCCGCUGGUGCAAGCUUGAGUUCUGCGUCAGCGCCUUGAGCGAUCAGCUUGGAGUCGUCAGAGUGUAUCUGCUUCCAGAUGACGUUCUGCGGCGUUCGGUAGAUCGCUCUGACUCAAACUUGCAGAAGACGAGGAUCCAGGUCCUUCGCUCUCUCGACUACUCCUCAUGUGCCUGGAAAGCCGUCAAGAAGCCAUGCGAAGAUGGCUAUCCUGUUCUCGAAGAUCCCAGCUCUGCCAAGCCUGGUAAAGACGUGUCUCUCCUGCAACUCUUCAACACCAUCCCCUCGCCUUGCCCGGACUCGAGCACUAUUGUUGAGCCAUACACGCAAGAUGCGAUGCACAACCUCAUGGAGAGCACAGUACCUGGGCUCAAAACGGAGCUGUACCUCUACCAAAGAAGAUCCGCGGCCUUGAUGCUACAGAAGGAGGCACAGCCCGGUCAGAAUCUUGACCCACGACUGUUACAUCUCAAAGACACACGCGGCUCGUCUUGGUAUAUGGAUCCAGCCACUGGAACAGUCCUUUUGGAACCACGCUAUUACGAUGCAGUUUCCGGAGGCAUUUUAGCAGAAGAGAUGGGCUCGGGCAAAACGGUGAUCUGCCUUGCGUUGAUACUCGCGACGAUGCAUUUGCCUACAAGUCCGCCCGACUUUUACAAAGCCGGUGAACCACCGAUCAGGGCAAGAAUCGCAUCUCUGGCUGACAUGGCAGCGUCAUGUGCUACCCGCCAUGCCGUCCCAUGGAAGUCCCAUUUUGAAGCGUGGAGGAAUCACUAUGGUUACGAGUUUAGCCAUUGCAACGAGGCCCUUGCCAGGAAUCCGGGACAUUAUUUCCUCCCCGCCCCAGAACCACGUCGAGGAAGCCGGUUCAAAACGCCGUGCCAUGUGCCGCCCAAGAAGAUAUAUCUGAGUCAGGCCUCGGUUGUUAUUGUUCCCAACAACCUUGUUGCACAAUGGAAACAGGAGAUUCAGAAACACACCGAAGGGCUUAAGGUGCUGGUUCUUGGGAGACAGACCGAAACUCCAUCGCGCAAGGAGAUCCUCACGUAUGACAUUCUUCUCUUCUCUCAGACUCGGUUCGAGAUGCUCCAGAAACAAUUCGGCGGCAUGGAGAAAACCGUCUUCUCAUCCAUCCAUUUCAAGCGGUGCAUUGUCGAUGAGGGUCACAAGCUGGGCAACUCGAGAAUGAGCAAUAGAAGCAACUUGCUAAUUGGCCUGGACUUGAUGCAUUUCUCCUCUAGAUGGAUUGUCACUGGAACUCCGUCUCAUGGUCUGUAUGGAGUCGAAAAUGCAACAAGCCAAGCUAACGAGUCCUCGACUGAACUUGAGAAGAAGGAUCUCGAGAGAAUUGGAGCUAUUGCCGCUCUGUAUCUUAAAGCGCGGCCAUGGGCCAACACGAUUGUUGAUAGUGGCGAUACAUUAGCCGACUGGACCACCUACUUGAUGCUCCCCAAGCACAACGCCAGGAGUCAAGGACGAUGGGAUUGCCUGGAAUCUACGCUCAACUCUCUCAUUAUUCGCCAUCGCAUAUCGGAGAUUGGCACACUUCUACCAUCUGUGAAAGAGAAGAUUGUCGUCCUUGACGGUUCAUAUCAAGAUCAGUUGUCACUAAACCUAUUUUCCAUGAUGAUUGUCUUCAACUCCGUCCAGUCGCAGCGCGAAGACGCAGACUACUUCUUCCACCAGAAGCAAAGAAAGGCUCUGCUACAGAUCGUUCAGAACUUGAAGCAGGCAAGCUUCUUUGGAGGGUCUUUCUUCACGGCUGAUGAAAUCGCCAAAUCAGUGGAAACUGCUGAGAAAUUCUUGGCCGAACGGAAGAUCCCCAUCAGCCCUGAGGAUGAGUCGAUGCUCAAACAGGCCAUCGGCUUUGGCCAUUUGGCGACGAGAAACAAGCUGAGAAAUCUGACGAAUCAAUUCCACGAGAUGGCCGUGUCCGUUACGGGCUUCCCUGGCAACGCCGGCGAGUCGUGGUCGCUAGACGGUGCAUCUUCAGAAAACGACAUCUGCACUUCCACGAGCAUGCUGUUAUCUCUUCAGAAACUGAUUUACAAUGCAGCUGGAAGCGAGGAGAGGCUCAAUUCCCUUCUCAACGGCGAAUUGAUAUCUGAAGGCACACUCGAACGCUUCAAACUGCUAAGCGCGGCAGCUCCUGAGAAGGACUCCAAGUCAAAAGACAAACCUUCAGAGACACUUGCCGGCAAUACGAAGCUGGGCGAUGAUAGUCCAAAGAAGGCUCGCUCUCACGGGGUAAACGGUAUCGAGCCAACAACUAUAGCCGCCGAGAACCUUGCUGGACCUCUUGAGCAGACGAAGAUCACGGCCACCGUAUCCGCAAAACUCUCUUACUUGAUAGACAACCUGGUCAAGCACCAGGAUGGAGAAAAGAUUAUUGUCUUUUACGAGAACGAGAACGUAGCAUGGUAUUUGGCCAGCAUGCUUGAUGUGCUUCAAAUUCAGUAUCUGAUCUACGCCAAAUCUUUAAAGACCGAAAGGAGGGCGCAGUAUGUCAAUACUUUCAAUCACAAUGAGAGGUUCAGGGUCCUGCUCAUGGAUCUCUCUCAAGCUGCGUUUGGCCUGGACAUGCGAGAGGCAUCGAGAAUCUACUUUAUCAACCCGGUCCUGAACCCUCAGGUGGAAGCACAAGCAAUAGGCCGUGUACGACGGAUCAGUCAGAAGAAACCAGUCUGGGUCGAAACGCUCGUGCUCAAGAACAGCCUGGAUGAAAUCAUACUCGAGCGCAAGAGGGACAUGACGCAGGCAGAGCAUCGCCAGGUGAAAUCCAUCCUGGAUGUGCGGUCAAUCUUUAACUGGAUCAAGAAUGCCAAGGUCACCCCGAUGGAAUCAAGCAAUGACAACUACAAAUCAGAAAUGGCCGCGCUUCAUACUGCACAAGCCGUCUUUGGCAGAGGUUUCGGUGUCACGAUGCACCCUGACGAGGAUAUCCUUCCGGAAGAGCACCAUGCUACGAGUAACGAAUUGCCGGGACGUCCCAAGAAGAGGCCAUUUGAAGGGAUGAUGACGGGCGAAAGCACAGCGAUAUCCGAGAAAGAGAUGAUGUCUCAGCCGGCUCGGCGAGUUCGUUUUGCGACUGACUAA